GUGUGUGGCAGUCCCACUAAAAACACUAUGAUUUUUCAUUAUGAUAGACCUCAUUUCAUCUCAUAAGUUUAGUUUAAUAUUUGAUGAUACCAUUGCCCCAACUUUUCCAUUAUUAUUUUUCAAUAAAGAAAUCUCAUUUUUUGUUUUUCCAUCAUCAAUCAUCAAAUACAUAAAACAAAAGCAUUGGACUCAACUGUACAUCAAAUGGCUCUGGAGGCAUCCUCUAUCAUUGUUCCUUCUGUUCAAGAGUUAAUAAAACAACCAAUUACUGAGAUUCCAGAACGAUAUUUCCAUUCAAAUCAGGACACUAUUGUUGUAACUAACACAACUUCUUUACCACAUGUUCCUAUUAUUGACCUGCAUAAAUUGUUGUCUGAUGAUUCAGCUGAGCUAGAAAAGCUCGACCAAACAUGCAAAGAAUGGGGUUUCUUCCAGCUGAUUAACCAUGGAGUCAACACUUCACUGGUUGAAAAUAUGAAGAUUGGUGUUGAACAAUUCUUCAACCUUCCAAUGGAAGAGAAGAAGAAGAAAUUUUGGCAAACACCAAAUGAUAUACAAGGAUUUGGUCAGUUGUUUGUUGUAUCUGAGGAACAAAAGCUAGAAUGGGCAGACAUGUUCUACAUUAACACUUUACCAUUGGACUCAAGGCAUCAACAUCUAAUUCCUAGUAUUCCCACACCAUUCAGAGAUCAUCUAGAAAAUUAUUGCUUAGUGGUGAAAAAGCUGGCUAUCACAAUAAUUGGUCGUAUGGAGAAAGCUUUGAAGAUCAAAAGCAAUGAACUAGUUGAGUUAUUUGAUGAUAUAAAUCAAGGAAUGAGGAUGAAUUACUACCCUCCAUGUCCCCAACCAGAGAAUGUCAUUGGACUAAAUCCUCAUUCUGAUAUGGGUAUGCUAACCAUCCUUCUUCAAGCUAAUGAUAUUGAAGGCCUUCAAAUAAGAAAAGAUGGACAAUGGAUUCCUGUUCAACCCCUCCCUAAUGCUUUCGUCGUCAACCUUGGAGACAUGUUGGAGAUAUUUACGAAUGGAAUUUACCGAAGCAUUGAGCAUCGAGGAAUAGUGAAUUCAAAGAAGGAGAGGAUAUCCAUUGCUACAUUUCAUAGGCUUAAUAUGAGCAGAGUUAUAGGUCCAACACCAAACCUCAUUACUGCUGAAAGAUCUGCUUUGUUCAAUCCAAUUAGGGUGGCUGAUUACAUCAAGGGAUACCUUUCACGCCAGCUAGAAGGGAAAUCAUACUUGGAUGUUGUAAGGAUUCAAAAGGAGAUGGAUAAAUAAUUUAAGUUUAUUUAUAGGAUUGUUCAUGACAAUAAAAAAAUGCAGAACUAGAGUAAGAAGAAAAGUAAUGCAACAAAUGGGGACAAUGUGCAACAAUAUUGUUGCAAUGAAUAUGUACUUGCUGUUUAAAUUUCAUACAUCGAAUUUUACUUUACAUAUACAUAUAUGUAUUGUUGAAUUGUAGUUCUCUAAUAUUUGCAUAUGAUGUGAUGCAAAACAUACUAUAGAAUGUGGCUUCAACAAGCAUUAAACAAUGUCUGUAUGUCUUAAAACGAAAUAUAUUUAUUUCUUGCAAUCUGAGAAA